CGCACGCAUCAGUCGUUAAGCCGACGACGACGACAAUACCAUUGACGACCAUCUCCUGUAACUCUUCUCUUCUUGCUUGUUUAAAUUACUUUCCCUCGUAAUCGCAUUGUGGUCAUGCAUUGUGCAUCGUAAUUCGACCCUCUGCACACCCGCCCUCCGCGACAGUGUCACGCGAGUGGAGCACCCAACGAUGCCCACUCCAAGUGACGACCACAUCCCGCCGACAGUCGAUGCCAUCGUCCCCGAUACCGAUAUCGCGAGACACGGUUGUCCGCCUGAGGACCGACGAGAACAGCUUGCGCCGCGCGAAGAGCAGCGAGAAUCGCCGAGUCCGUCCGCUCGUGCGGACAGAGGCAGCGGGGGCGAGCACCCGGCAGUUGAUUCGAUGCCCGUUCCUUCUCCCGAGGACACACAAAGCAAUGAGAUAGUAGAGUCACCGGACGUGCCCAGACGGCCCUCAAAGGCUGAGCUGAACGAAGACGCCUCUGUGGCGGCCGACCCGUCCAGUCCAACUGUUGGAUCACUGUCACCGCCUUCUGACAGCGACUACAAGGCGACACAGCUGGCACAAUCUCUAUCGAACACUGUGAUUUCGCCCGAGCAAGAUGAUACCCAACUGCCACUCUAUCUACAUUACCCUGAGCUCGACUGGCAUCGACAGACCUCACCGAGCUCUACGACCUCCUUCUUGCGACCAGGAAGCAAAUUCAGGGGGACUCAACAAUCAGACCGCCAGGUCUAUGAUGUACAAGUAGAACUCAAAGACGUUGACCUUGCCGAGUCCACGCUCUGUGGAUAUCUGCGCAUCCAAGGACUUACCGAUGAUCAUCCCACACUAACCACUUUCUUCGAAGGCGAGAUCAUUGGGCCAAAAUACCUAUUCCGCACAUCUCAUCCGUCUUGGGGUAGCUCCGAAAAGGUCGACCUGCAGCACUGGGCGCGAUUUCCAGCCUGGCGACCACUGGCGAAGGCGGCUAAACAGAAUCCUGCAUUCACGCUGAGCAGAAGUUUCGAUCGCGAACACAUGUUCAUGCGGUGGAAGGAAUACUUUCUUGUGCCCGACCACAGGGUCAAAACCAUCACAGGUGCCAGUUUCGAAGGGUUCUAUUACAUAUGUUUCAACCAAGCUAGCGGAGCAGUCAGCGGAAUAUAUUUUCAUGCAAAGAGCGAGAAAUAUCAACAAUUGGAGCUAAGUCACGUGGAAGACAGAGGCUGUUUGAGCGCGGUCGAGUUCCGAUAGCCACGGCUGAACGCGCAAGAGGAGUGAGCUCGCGAGAGAUCGAGCUUUCAUGCGACCGCUGAGGGGUUGCGAAGACGAGGCGUUUGACAUUCGUUUGAUAGCGUUCGGGCGUACUAGGGGACAUGGACCGGGCGGCAACCCGGGCACUCGCGUAGCACAGCAUGCGUAGAAAUGGGAA